UAUGUAUGGAUGCGAUACAAGCAUGGCAUGGUACCAAAAUGGCGGACGCUGUGGGCAAGGCAUUCCUGGUUCUCGUCGUCCUCCUCUCGUCCUUCCUCCUCCCCUCCUCCUGUGGCCGCAUUGAGACCACCAGCUUCUCCAAAGGAGUACACGCUAAGCUGAAGGAGAAGGUGAGCCACCUCCACUUCUACUUCCACGACGUCGUCAGUGGAAGCAACGUGACGGCGGUGGCUGUGGCGAGGCCACCGAAUGCGCAGCCGCCGACCUUAUUCGGGGUGGUCACGGUCAUGGACGACCUGCUCACGGAGGGGCCGGAGCCCACGUCGAGGCCGGUCGGGCGGGCGCAGGGGCUGUACGCGGCCGCCGGGCUCCAGGAGACGGGCUUCCUCCAGGCCAUGAACCUGGUGUUCGUGGGCGGCAAGUACGACGGCAGCGUGCUCACCGUCCUCGGCCGCAACGCGCCGUUCCACGCCGUGCGGGAGAUGCCGGUGGUGGGCGGCAGCGGGCUGUUCCGCUUCGCCCGCGGUUACGCCGUCGCCCGCACCCACAGGCUCGACAUGAGCACCGGGAACGCCAUCGUCGAAUACGACGUCUACGUCAUGCAUUACUGAGCAACCACGGCGUCAUCAUGUUUCGUUUGUGUUGGCGAUCGUCGAGUCAUGAUUCUUCUGUCUGCUUCGGUUAUCAUUUCGACUGCUACAGCACAUUCACCAAAUAAAGUGGGUGUCAGUCAUUAUCAACAACACAACAGUGCAUUUAAAUUUGCCUCUUGUAUGUGACUACAAGUCAUCUAAGAAAUUAUUGAUAUAUCUGAAACAUAAAUAGACUGUUCAA